CACACGCACAGGCACACACACACACACACACACACACACACACACACACAAUGGGCGUGAGCAAACCUAGACAAAGACCCUUGUCAGAACCUUGUCAAGGUGCAGUUCACAGACAGGCACCUGGGGUGAUUGUGUCAUGGCUAAGUUUUGGGGCGCACUCUUCAUCUAUUUGACCUCUGCCCUUUUCACAUCAUAUGGGGCACAAGUGGACCAGGGUCUGGCAGAUAAGGCGGCCAACUUUGCUAUGAGUGUCUACAAUCACAAUUCGAAGGAGGAGUUUCUCUACAAGCUUCUCAGCUUUGAUUUCAAAAAGAUCCAGGUUAUUGCUGGGACGGAGUACAUCAUCAAUGCUAAGAUAGAACUCACUAACUGCCAGAAAAGCAACUACGAGGAGCCUGAAGAGUGCUCCAGCAGCAAUACCAGAGACAACCUAAAGAGACAGCAAUGCCAUUUUGUCGUGGUGGUGUUAGCUGGCGAAAGGAAAGGACUGCUGCAAUCCAUCUGCAGAGAGCACCACUGAGCCCCGUUUUGCUGCCUCUCCAGCCAACAGAAGAUUCUCCGUUUAAGGGCUUGCCUUCUUAAAUAACUACAGUAUAGGCCUACAACAAAUGAUAUGGAAUGCUGUUGAAAUAAUAAAUAAU